CUCAGAUCACGUGCGCUCUUUGCCGGCGCCGGCUGCAGUGAAAUGGCGGCGGGUAGGGCGAAGGUGGUGCUGAAAGCGGUGAAAGAUAUCAGCGUGCAAUUUUGUCCUUUCCAGUCCAAUGUCCGAAGUGCCAGAGAGUUUCUUGCUGCAAUAGGAACAGAAAAGGCACGUCAAACAAACUCCAACUGUCGGAUUGUAGCUGAUGUAAGGCAUGAUGAGACAGAGCCUGUAAUAACUGUAACAUUCAAUGAUGGAGAAAACUUGAUAAUGAAGUCAGCAAACUUGACAAACAGAGAGAUGCUAUCAGUUUUCAAUGAGAGGUGUAUUGCCAAAGACCCCAAGGCAGAAGAUGCGGGACAAAAGAAAGCUAACUGAGUUACAUUAGUACUAUGUUAAUGUUUUCACUGGAAAUUCAAGCCUGAUGAAGUGUUCAAUGACUUGGUAUUUGUCAAAUUUAAAGCUGCAACUAAAGCAUUUACGUAAUAUACUGUCCAGUACAAUGAAGCUCCUUUCAGUUCAUCAUUCAAUGGAAUUCUGAGUCAUGAUUUUAGAAUUUAUGUCCUUCAGAGCUGUGUCCAAUAGGAUCUGGAUUAAGUAGGAACUCGAAAAUUUGUAAUAACUCAGCAACUGCUAGCAGAACACCCUAUUGUGAAUAGUGGCAUAUUAUUGUACAUAUUGACUACAAGAAAACAUUUUGUCUUGGUAAGAUUACUCAAUUUCUUUAGUGAUCACUAUUUUCCUAUUUAACUUACGGCAUUGUUUUGUAUAUAUGUACCAGAGAGUCUGAAAUAAGGCCAAGAAGAACAGAAAAGAUACCUAAAGUGGCAUAAUUUGCUGUCAGAUUUGGAUUUUUAAAAAUGUGAAAUGUAUUACUUUUAAGCAUUGUAAUUUUUUAAACCUAAGACAUUCUUUCCAAUGAAUAAAAUUAGCAGUUUGCUUGACAA